UCAGUUCAGGAAGAAUAAAAGAACUAUUGUUAGAUGCUUCCAAAACUACUCUUCACAUUCCAAUGAAAUAAGAACUAAAAAGAAUACAAAUACAAAUCUAGAUUCAGUUACAGACUGCAAUUAGGAUAAAUCUGACCGUUGAAAUUCAUAUAUUAUAUAGAAAAAAAACACCCAAAUAACUAUUAAUCAAAGUUAUAAAUAGAGGUUUGAGUAAUGUCUUUGUCCAUCCACCGAUUGAGUGUGUGUUAACACUACAACAUGGCCAUGAACACUCACACUCCCUUCCUUGUUCUUCUCCUCAUCUCUUCCUUGAUCACCAUCCAUGGCGCUGGCUAUGGGCCCACCCCAGGAUUGGGACCAGCCCCGCCACCGCCAUUUGAGGUGGCCGGGAAGCCGUUCCCCCCACAGUCGUACUACUGCAGAAACAGAACGAGCCCAUGCUAUGGGAAAGAGAUCAAAUGCCCGAAACAGUGCCCCGAGUUCAAGCCAGCUGACCCCAAGGCCAAGGCUUGCUUCAUUGACUGCAAGUCUCCCAAAUGUGAAGGGGUUUGCAAGAAUAGAAAACCCAACUGCGAAGGAAUGGGGGCUGCCUGUUAUGAUCCAAGGUUCGUCGGAGGAGACGGGUUGGUGUUCUAUUUCCAUGGAAAAUCCAACCAGCACUUCAGCUUGGUUUCGGACUCGAACCUUCAGAUCAAUGCCCGCUUCAUCGGACGCAGACCGGAAGGAAGGUCACGUGAUAACACAUGGAUCCAAGCUCUGGGUCUCAUGUUCAACUCCCACGCAUUCACCUUGGCUGCCAACAAGGUAGCGAAGUGGGACGAUGCUGUUGAUCAGCUCCUCUUCACCUACAAUGACAUGCCAGUUGUCAUCGAUGAAGGCCAUCUCUCCACAUGGGCUGCCCCAGAUAGCAGCUUGACCGUUGAGCGCACUGCAAGGUCCAACAGUGUAACAGUCACACUACCAAACAUCGUUGAGAUCUCCGUUAGCGUUGUGCCGAUAACAGAAGAGGAUGACCGCAUCCACAACUAUCAGAUCCCAUCCAAUGACUGCUUUGCCCACUUGGAGGUGCAGUUCAGGUUCUUUGACCUCUCUGAGAGGGUUGAAGGUGUGCUGGGCCAGACAUACCGACCAGACUUCCAGAACCCAGUCAAGCGGGGCGUGUCGAUGCCGAUCAUGGGUGGAGAACACAAGUACCAGACGUCCACACUCCUGUCCACGGAUUGCAAGUACUGCAUUUUCUCCCGGGAUGAUCAGACUGCAGCGGAGUGGUUGGCCUUGGACCCAUCCAACACCAUGGACUGCACUAGCCAGAUGACCAAUGGCCGCGGUGUUGUUUGUCGUCGGUAG